CCCCGAAUGAACAAACUUGUUUUUUUAUUUCCUUAAUAGUGCUUGAAAAAUAUUUAAAAAAAAGCAAUAAUCAGCUAUGGCCUUCUUCUUCACCGAUCACGUGCACACGAAAUCCUUCACCCCCCGCGAGCACCAGGUCGAGCUCCUCUACUCAGCUUUGGAGCGCAACAUAAUAAUCUGCCUGGGCAAAACGCCGGAGCUGACCUUCAUCGGCACAAAGCUCGUCCAAGAGUUCUCGAUCGGCAACAGAAAGAGCCUGUCCGAAAAUGGCAAGAGGAUCAUCUACCUUCUCGAGGACGACGAGUCCUGUGCGGCCAAGGCCCUCCACCUCGAGCAAACGACCGACCUGAAGACCCUGCGCUGCCAAACCGUCGAGGAGUUCAACGAGCUGAGCUUCAACGAGGACGCCCUGGUGCUCCUCUUGACCGUCGAGCUGUGCAGCCAAUUGCUCACCAAUGGUGUCCUUCCGGCCACUCGAAUAGAGCUCCUGCUGAUCGACAAGUGCCACAAUCUGUCGGGUAAGAGCAAAGAGCUAGCCAGUGUGCUUGAUGCCUUCUGCGACAGCAAAACGAGGAUCGUCGGCUUUGCCGUGCCCCUCUACAGCCUGACCAAGGAGCCCGGCCAGCUGAGCUACGAGAUCGAGAAGAUCGAGUCCUCGCUGAGGUGUCAAAUCGAGACUGCCAGUGACCUGCUCUCCAUACUGAGGUACAGUCCCAAGCCGAGGGAGUACAUGCUGGGCUACAGGAUCGAGGGCAGGCAGGAGGCAGCCAAUCUGCUGUGGAACUGUGCGAACGACGCCCUGGACUUUAUGUGCGACCAUCGCUACGAUCCCUCCGAGAUCUACGAGGACGAGUUUCUCGAGGACAUCAAGAAGAUCCCGGAUCCCAAAGAGAAGCCCUGCCAGAUGAUCAGGGAGUUCAUGAACGUUCUGGACACCCUGGGGCCUUGGGCUGCGGACAGGGCGGCCUAUGCCCUGAUGACCUCUGUGGAGAAGCUCAAGAUCAAGACACCCUACGACAGGCACUAUUUGCUUCUGGGCACCCUGACCACUCUGUUUGUCAAGAUCCGGGCUUACUGCGAUUCGUUUUUCGAGGGCCUCAAAGAGUCCGAGAAGAUCUUCAGGUUCUCCAGUCCAAAGAUCCACAGGUUGAUCGAGGUGAUGAAGGUGUUCACGCCGGCGGACAAGGGCGACAGUGUGAAGAAGGACGUUGAGAGAACGGAGAUUAGCGUUGCCAGGAGCAACAACGGGAGGAGCCAGUACAAGAAGCCAGACGCUGAGCUCAAGCGGGCCAAGUACUACCGUCCGCGGGGCCCUACGGAUCCUGAUCUGCUCUGCGGCCUCAUCUUCGUGGACGACGUGAUAACCGCCAAGGUGCUGUUCUACCUACUGCUCGAGUUGAGCAAGAACGAGGAGGACUUUCGCUUCCUCUCGCCCCUCUACAUGAGCGAGAAGACCAACGACGACAUUAUCAGCGGCCGGGACAUAGAAAUGGAGCACAAAAAGCAGGAGGAGGUGCUCAAAAAGUUCCGCAUCCAUGACUGCAAUCUCCUGAUCUCGACCUCCGUGCUCGAGGAGGGCAUCGACAUUCCGAAAUGCAACUUCGUCAUGAGGUUCGACUUGCCCAAAAACUACCAGUCCUACGUGCAAUGCAAGAGCCGCGCUCGGGCCACCGACGCCCUUCACGUUCUCUUGGUCUCCGAAACCAAAGCUCAAGAGUGCGUCAAAGCCCUGGCUCACUACCACUAUAUAGAAAAAAUCCUGCUGGCCAAGUGCUCGAGCAAGGAUGCCAGUCCCACGGAAGAGGCCCAAGCGGACACCUACGACUCGUUACUGCCCUUGUACAAGCCACUACCCGAUGCAGAUGCUCCCAGAGUCACGCUCAAUUCUGCCAUAUCACUGGUCAACAGGUACUGCGCCAAACUGCCAAGCGACACUUUCACGAGACUGACCCCAGAGUGGAAGUUUCGCAGCGCCGACAACGACAAGAUGUUCGUGUGUAGUUUGCGUCUGCCGAUAAACUCGCCUUUGAAGUACUGCAUCGAGUCGUACCCGAUGCCGAGCAAGGCCCUGGCCAAGCGCGUCGCAGCCCUGAUGAUGUGCAUCCAGCUACACCGCGAGAACGAAAUAGACGGCCACCUGAUGCCCGUGGGCAAGGAGAACUUCAAGGCCCAUCCGGAGGACAGCGAGGUGCCAGCUCUACCUGACGACGAGAGCACGAACGGGCUGGAGGCGCGCCCGGGCACGACCAAGCGACGCCAGUACUACUACAAAAAGAUUGCCGACGCUCUGAUAGACUGCAAGCCCGAGCUCCACCGGCCGUGCUUCCUUUAUCACAUACGCAUGGUGCUCAGUUGUCCCCUGCCUGAGGAGCAGAACACGAGGGGUCGGAGGAUAUACCCGCCCGAGGAAUCGGCCAUCGGCUUCGGUGUGCUCACCCACAAGAGAAUCCCCAAGCUCUGCCCUUUCCCGAUUUACACGAGAUCCGGCGAGGUAAGGGUCGAGCUGAGGCUGUGCAAGGAGACCGUUGUCCUCGACGACGCCCAGGUCGACAAGGCCGUGUCAUUUCUCAAUUACACUUUUACCAAUGUCCUGAGGCUGCAAAAGUACCUGAUGCUGUUCGAUCCCAACGUCUCGGAGAACUCGUACAUAAUAGUGCCGGUCAAGCGCCCGGCCAAUCCUCAGUCCGACGUGAGCGUCGAUUGGGACUUUAUCGAGCGCAUCUACGAGGACCGCAACGCCGCGCCAACCCGACUGCCCGAGGAGAGCCGGCGCACCUUCAGCUUCGACCCGAGCAAGUACAACGACGCCGUUGUCAUGCCCUGGUAUCGCAAUCAGGACCAGCCCCAGUACUUUUACGUGGCCGAAAUCUGCAACCACCUCAACCCGCGCUCGAGUUUUCCUGGCAGCGACUACAAGACCUUCGAGGAGUACUACCUCAGGAAGUACAAGAUUCAGAUUCAGAACCUUGACCAGCCGCUCCUCGACGUCGACCACACCUCGGCGAGACUCAACUUUUUAACACCCAGGUACGUCAACCGAAAGGGCGUGGCGCUGCCGACGAGCAGCGAGGAGACGAAACGCGCCAAACGCGAGAACCUCGAGCAGAAGCAGAUCCUCGUCGCGGAGCUCUGCGCCGUACACCCGUUUCCAGCCUCGCUCUGGCGUCAAGCCGUCUGUCUGCCCUGCAUACUGUACCGCAUAAACGCGCUGCUGCUGGCCGACCAGAUAAGGUGCGACGUCGCACGAGCCAUCGGCUUGGGCCAGAUGACACUGACCGAAGAGUUCGAGUGGCCGGCUCUGGACUUUGGAUGGAGUCUCGCCGACGUGCUCAAGAGGUCGCGGGACAACGACAAAGUGAAGAAGGAGGACCGAGAUAACGCAGACUGCGAGCCAAUGCCCAGUCCAAAGGAGAACGGCUCGGGGAACAAGAAGAGGGAAAAACCGAAGCUAACGGAGGAGAUCGAUGCGGACGAGGACAUAGAGGAAAUUGGAGGUGGAGAGGCUGAGCUGGAGAUCGGCACUUGGUCGAACGACAUGCUAAAGACGGUGGAGCCGAUGGUCAACGGGCUCAGUUGGGGCAACGUGCGCUACGGCUCGCCAAAUUUUGGCUCUUACAACAAUGACGGUGACGUCAACGACGACGAUGACGACGACGACGACGAUGACGACGAUGACGAGUCCGUGGCUAGUUACAGCGACGACGACGACGAUGAUUACUACUACGAUGAUUACGGGAGCGACAGCAGCGGCGACGACGACGAGAACCAGGACAAGAAGAAUCUCAUGAUAGCGUACAACAACGACAAUGAGGCGGAGGCCUUCGACAAGAAGGGCCAGUCGUUCGAGAAGGACCGGAAGUUGGGCAUCGACGCACAAGACAGGCUCAAUGAUCACGGCUGGGACAGCGGCCGCGCUCUCGACGACGAUCUCGAGUUCCAGCGGCACAGGGCCGCCCACGAGGAGAACGUACGGAGAAACGAGGAAGCGAUAGCGUCAGCUGGAGGCCCGUACGUGCCCGUUGACAGUCCGGUGACGUUCACGCGCAAGAGCUCCAAGCCUACGAACGCGACCGAGGAGGAGCUGGAGCACGAGGAGUACGUGCGCAGGGUAUCGGCGACCUUCGAGGCGGACCUGUUGCUCGCGAAGAACAACCUGAAGAACAAGCAAGUCCCGGCGGUUAAGGCCCCUUGCCAGGGCUCUCUCGUCAGUACGAACGAUGGCUUCAGCUUUGACCGGCAGCCUGAGCUCGAGGGCCACCCGGGCCCCAGCCCAAGCCUCAUCCUGCAGGCCCUGACGAUGUCCAACGCGAACGACGGCAUCAACCUCGAGCGGCUAGAGACGAUCGGCGACUCGUUUCUCAAGUACGCCAUCACCACGUAUCUCUUCUGCACGUACAGCAACAUCCACGAGGGCAAGCUCAGCCACUUGCGCUCCAAGCAGGUGAGCAACCUCAACCUCUACAGGCUGGGCAGGCGAAAGCGCCUCGGCGAGAGCAUGAUAGCCACGAAAUUCGAGCCGCACGACAACUGGUUGCCACCGUGCUACAUGGUGCCGAAGGAACUGGAGCGCGCCCUCGUCAGGUCGGGCGUGCCCUCGGCCAUGUGGCCCAGGACCGAGCUCGGGCUCUGCAGCGACCAAUCCGAGAUAGACGAGCUCGUGCGCGAGACCGAGCAGAAGCUCGAGAUCAUGCGCAGUGAGCUCGUGCAGCAGCAACAACACAAUCAGUUGCAAUCGUCCCAGCAGUGCGACGAGUUGCAACAACUGCGCACCUUCAUACCCUACAACCUGAUAACCCAGCACAGCAUACCGGACAAGAGCAUAGCCGAUUGCGUCGAGGCCCUCAUAGGGGCCUAUCUCAUAGCCUGCGGCCCGAGGGGUGCUCUGCUCUUUAUGUCUUGGCUGGGUAUCCACGUGCUCCCGUCCGAGGAGAGCAGCAUCGCUCUGCAGGAGCUUACCUGCAGGGUGCCAGGUAGCAUGCCCUACGAGAAGACGGAGAGCGGCGAGUGGGUGCAGUUGCGGUACGGCAGUCUGGAGGAGCCACCGAGUCCGUUGUUUCGGAACGUGGAGCGGCCCGAGGAAGAGCUCAAAGCCAUGUUGGACGGCUACGAGGAGCUGGAGCGCGCGAUCGGCUACCGGUUCGCCGACCGCAGUUACUUGCUCCAGGCGUUCAGUCACGCGUCGUACCAGCCGAAUCGGUUGACCGACUGCUACCAAAGGCUCGAGUUCCUGGGCGACGCGGUCCUCGACUACCUGAUAACGCGACACCUCUACGAGGACCCGCGCCAACACUCGCCCGGUGCCCUUACGGAUCUGAGAUCGGCUCUGGUCAACAACACGAUAUUCGCCUCGUUGGCGGUGCGCUGUGGCUUCCACAAGUACUUCCGGCACCUGUCGCCCGGCCUGAACGCCGUGAUCGAUAGGUUCGUGCGGAUCCAGGAGGAGAACGGCCACUCGAUCAGCGAGGAGUACUACCUCAUUGGCUCGGAGGAGUUUGAAAGCGAGGCUACCGGGGAGGAGGCCGAGGACGUCGAGGUGCCCAAGGCCCUGGGCGACGUGUUCGAAUCGCUGGCCGGUGCCAUUUAUCUGGAUAGCGGCAUGUCCCUGGACGCCGUGUGGGGUGUCUACUUUAUGAUCAUGCGCGCCGAGAUCGAGCAGUUCAGCGCCAAUGUGCCCAAGUCGCCGAUCAGGGAGUUGCUCGAGCUCGAGCCCGAGACCGCCAAGUUCGGCAGGCCCGAGAAACUGGCGGACGGCAAGCGCGUCAGGGUUACAGUCGACGUCUUCGGCAAGGGCUCCUUCAAAGGCAUCGGCCGGAAUUACAGGAUCGCCAAGUGCACGGCAGCCAAGUGCGCGCUGAAGAAGCUCAAGAAGGCCAGGAAGUCCGGAUAGAUUUUUUAUUUACCACACUUUUUUAAUGUUGUCUUUCGAAGUGCAUUUAUUGCCCGGUGGCGGGCACUUGCACGCGAUCUCGAUGGUGUUCAGAUUUUUUACUUGUUUUCCUCGUGUGUAUGAUCCUUGUUGACUUGGAAGAGGAGUUCCUUGCGUGUGCUGUUAUGUUGAGCUUGAAAGUAUUAGAUUUUAUACACUUCUGGUAUUGAAAGUUAACGUAUGUGAUAGCGUUUGCGUGCAAAUAGAGGAUACGCGGACGUUUAUUGUUUAU